UGACCUGAAUAUUGCCUUGAUUGCCAGUGUUGCCCGCCUCUGCUCUUGAACCUUCACCACCCAGCGAUUCUUGCCCAAGUUUCUCAUCAGGAGAACACCACAAAAAGCCAACAUGUCUGACAAGAAGAUGACAUCGAGCCGCAGGCGUGAUCUGAAGAGUUUGAUGCUUGCAAUUGCGGCCCAGCGUCUGGAUCAGGAGGCAGCUGACCUUAUAGCAUCCAAGGAGGCCUACAUGAAUGAGCACUGCCCACCUCUUAGCAUGCCCAGUGGCAUGGAGGAGCUUCAGAAACUCUGCAAAGAUCUUCAUGCAAAGAUCGACAAAGUUGAUGAGGAGAGAUACGAUGUUGAUUCAACGGUCACCAAGGGACAAAAAGCGGUUGACGACCUUAGAAUCAGCGUAACAGAUUUGAAGGGUAUGAAGAAGCCAGCUCUGAAGAAAGUGCGUAUGUCCGCCGAUCAGAUGCUUCAGGCUCUGCUGGGCUCCAAACACAAGGUCACUAUGGAUCUGAGGAGCAACCUGAAGCAGGUCAAGAAGGAGGUCAAGGUUGAGGAGGCUGGUGACUGGCGUGCGAACAUUGAGGACAAUAAGGACAGGAAGAAGAAGUUUGAGGGCGCUGAGGCGUAAA